GGUGGUUUCCGGCGGAGGUGGUGAGAGUCGCACGCGCAGCGGGGAAGGUGUGAGUCGUGAACGGCCCAGGUCUCCGCCAUGGCCUCUCUACUCGCCAAGGACGCCUACCUGCAGAGCCUGGCCAAGAAGAUCUGCUCCCAUUCGGGCCCGGAGCAGCAGGCGCGCACGCGGGCUGGCAAAACUCAAGGCUCAGAAACUGCAGGGCCCCCAAAAAAGAAAAGGAAGAAAACACAAAAGAAAUUCCGGAAGCAGGAAGAGAAGGCUGCCGAGCACAAGGCCAAGUCCUUGGGGGAGAAAUCUCCAGCAGCCUCUGGGGCCAGGAGGCCUGAGGCAGCCAAAGAGGAAGCAGCUUGGGCUUCCAGCUCAGCAGGGAACCCUGCAGAUGGCCUGGCUACUGAGCCUGAGUCUGUCUUUGCUCUGGAUGUUCUGCGACAGCGACUGCAUGAGAAGAUCCAGGAGGCCCGGGGCCAGGGCAGUGCUAAGGAGCUGUCCCCUGCCGCCCUGGAGAAAAGGCGGCGGAGAAAGCAGGAACGGGAACGGAAGAAGAGGAAGCGAAAGGAGCUGCGGGCGAAAGAGAAGGCCAGGAAGGCUGAGGAGGCCGUGGAGGCCCAGGAGGUGGUGGAGCCAACCCCAGAGGGGGCCUGCACGGAGCCGCGGGAGCCACCUGGGCUGAUCUUCAAUAAGGUGGAGGUGAGCGAAGACGAGCCGGCCAGCAAGGCGCAGCGCAGAAAAGAGAAGAGGCAGAGGGUGAAGGGGAACCUCACGCCGCUGACCGGGAGGAACUACCGGCAGCUCCUGGAGCGCCUGCAGGCACGGCAGAGCCGGCUGGACGAGCUGCGCGGCCAGGAUGAGGGGAAGGCGCAGGAGCUGGAGGCGAAGAUGAAGUGGACCAACCUCCUCUACAAGGCGGAGGGUGUGAAGAUCCGCGACGACGAACGCCUGCUGCAGGAGGCCCUGAAGCGCAAGGAGAAGCGCAGGGCGCAGCGGCAGCGCCGGUGGGAGAAGCGCACGGCCGGCGUGGUGGAGAAGAUGCAGCAGCGCCAGGACCGGCGGCGGCAGAACCUGCGCAGGAAGAAGGCGGCUCGCGCCGAGCGCCGCCUGCUCAGAGCCCGCAAGAAGGGCCGCAUCCUGCCGCAGGACCUGGAGCGCGCAGGCCUGGUCUGAGUCUUUCCCACCUGGGGCUGCAUCUUCGUCCUAGGAGACUCCAGGGCACCCUCUGAGUCCUUGACGCUGGCUCUGUCCCAGGAUCUCCACAGACCUCGGCCCCUCCAUGUGAGGGGGACACAGUGGUGCUCUGGUGAGUUGUGAGGGCCCAGAUCACAUGUGAGAAAGAGAAAGUUUCAGCGUCAUCCCUGAACGCAGAAUCCGGGACCUUCAGACCCAGGGAAAGGGUGAGCCAGACUGGGGCCUGGUCUUCUUUCCCGGGCCUGAAAGCUUCCCCGAGGUUUGCAGGGUCAGGGAGGAGGAACGGUGGGGGUGGGCAGUCACUGCCCGUUCCCCACUGCCUGUGUUGGCAGGAGCCACAGGACAGAAGACAGUGGCCUCUGCUGCCGGGCCACGUUAGUCCGCAGCUGACCGGAACAGAGGACAACCCUGAGGUGUGGCAUAUGGGCACCUGGCACUCGGGAGUGGUAGGAGCACGUCCAGGCAUGGUGCCUCCUGGGGCAGAACGCCAUGGCUCCUCCCCGUUCUCUUGGCUUCUGCCUGUUGGGGUCUCAUUCCUUUCUGUUCUCCAGUUCCCCGGGGCGGCAUUUUACUGCUCAGAAUUCGGAGGGAGGGAGCAGACCUUCUCGAGUCCACGCAUGUGAGUUGGGUCAAGUGCAUUGUAGCUAGGGAAAGAGAAAGAGAAUAAAAGCUGGAGAGAGAGUGAAGCAAAUGGAAGAUACAAAGUGGGAUGGAAAAAUUAAAUCCUGAGCUCCAGGCAAUCAAAAUGAGUGUAGGUUGAAAAAACUCAGGUGAAUUUUAGUGGCAUAUGGAUGACAAAGCUGUAAAUAAAAUUCUUUUGAUGAAACUCUCCAGUUACGAGACAGAUUGUAACUGAAAGCGAGCUGGUAUGACUGUUACUAGACAGAGGCGACUGAUGAAAAAGCCCUGUGAAAGAUCAGAUGUGAGAUGGGUAUGAGCUUGAGCUAAGAGAUAGACAAAACAGGAUCUGAAAAGGAUACAUACUCUUUCCAUGCAUGUAUGGAACAUGGAUAGAAACUGACCACCUACUUUGUCCAGAAAAGAAGUCUUAAGAUAUUUCAAGGGAUCAGUGUCGUUAAUCUGACCAUAUCCCAAUGUCGUUAAAAAAAAUUUGAGCUAA